UUUAUAAAAGGAGUAAUUUCGCCCAGUAAAAUUUGAGUUGGGUUUUUACAUUUUCCUUUUGGAAAAUGGGAUUUAUUAAGUGGAUCACUAAGUUUGAUUAUGGUGUGCUUAUUUCAUGUACCUUAGCAUUUCUAUUAUAUUUAAAUACUCUAAACUCUGAUUUUGUUUAUGAUGAUCGAAGAGCUAUACUCACGAACCCGGAUCUACUUCCAAGAACCCCUUGGACCCAACUACUAAAAAACGAUUUUUGGGGCACCCCACUCACCGAUAAUGGAUCACAUUGUUCUUAUAGACCUCUAACAGUACUUACAUUCAGAUUCAAUUAUUUAAUAGGAAGAUUUACUCCUUGGGGAUUUCAUUUAGUAAAUGUCAUAUUACAUUGCUUAGCAACAUAUGUUUUUAUGAAAGUUGCUAUGCAAGUAUUACCGAAAAAAAGGCGAAAAUUAGCAGCUACAGUUGCUGGUGUUCUAUUUGCUGUACAUCCGAUACAUACUGAAGCCGUUGCAAGUGUUGUUGGUAGAGCCGAUAUUCUAGCCGGCAACUUCUUUUUCCUCUCUACUCUUGCCUAUUGUUCACACGUGGACUAUAGAGAUAAAUGUUGUCCACCAACAAAGAGUCAUUUAACUCCACUAAAAAUUAAAUAUAAAAAGAUCGCCAAAAGUUUGCAAGCUAAUUUUACAAUUUGCAAGCAGUUUCAGAAUCUCACGACCAAAAGUUGCCACUUGGAGUACUCUAAAGGAACUUUAUUAUUAAAUUCACGUUGCUUACUAAGACAGUUAAAAAUGUGGUACUUUAUUAUAGUAACUAUAAUAUUGGCAAUAUGUGCCACUCUAAGCAAGGAGACUGGUGUUACUGUGUUUGGGGUUGGUUUUGCAUAUGAUUUUAUUUUCACAAAAAAGCAGAGUAAGAGACAAAAGACCAGCUUUGCUAUUCUCUCAACAGCUUUGCUCCUUAUACUAGUUAUACGCCUUCAAGUCAAAACACCCGAAUUUUCAACAGCCGAUAACCCAACUGCAAAAGAUCCUAGAUUGAUUACAAGAAUUAUGACAUUUGCUUACUUGCCAAUAAUAAAUUUUGGCAUGCUUUUACAUCCUAAUGACUUGAGCUUUGAUUGGGGUAUGGAUGCUAUACCAAAGUUGCAAAGCAUUAGGGAUCCAAGAGUAUUUUAUAUUCUUUGUUUUUAUGGGGUAUUGAUUUCAGUCUUGGGAAGAAGCAUACGAGUUGUAUUAUGUAAAAGUGAUGGGGUUAGGCAGGAACACGAAAAAAGUGUAAGUCUAGAAUCUACUGAGAACUACAUUAACUGCUACAAGAUAUCGGACACAAGUAGCGAGUGCCAUUCACGUAUAUGCUCAUGCUCUAAAAUAAGAAGAACUAAAACUUCCAUAGACGCUGUGCUAUUUUCCUUAUCUCUAAUGAUUUUUCCGUUCUUACCCGCUACAAAUCUAUUUUUCUAUGUUGGCUUCGUGGUGGCAGAACGGAUUUUAUACAUUCCGAGUGCCGGAUUUUGUCUACUAAUGGGUAUCGCGGGUGCUGAAAUGUGGAAAGGUGGAAAAUCAAAAGUUUUUGUUACCAUUGGGUUUUGUUUGGUUUUAAUCGGAUAUUGUACAAAAACCCUACUAAGGAAUCAUGAAUGGAAGUGCGAAGAAAGUUUGUUUAGAAGCGCGAUUCCUUUUAAUCCAGCCAAGGCGUAUGGAAAUCUUGGAAGCAUUCUAAGUACGAAUGGAAGAAUUGCAGAGGCUGAACAAGCAUAUCGUAAAGCUCUGGAAUAUCGACCCAAUAUGGCUGAUGUGCAUUAUAAUUUAGGGGUUCUUCUACAAAAGAAACAAAAACUUGAUGAAGCCAUUAAGAGUUAUCAAAGAGCCAUUCAUUUUAGGCCGUUACUGGCUUUAGCCUACGUCAACCUAGGAACAGCACUAAUAGCAUUACGCAGAUAUGGCGAAGCUGUAGUUGUGCUUGAAAGAGUAUCAACUCUAGAUGGUACUGGCCUAAGAGAUAAAAGAGAACACAAAUAUGCCAAAAUAUCUGCUUUACUGCAGAUGGGUGCCUUGUAUAGUAACCAGGGAUAUUUACAUAUGGCCCUUGCCGUUUACAGGAAGGCUGUAGCUGGCUUGCCCGAAUAUUAUCCACCCCAGAAACUCUAUACUAUUCUGGGGGAGACGCUAGCAGAAUUAAACCAAGACGAAGAAGCUGAAAAAUGGUACAGAGCGGCACUUUUCGCAGAACCUAACCAUGUUCCUGCCCAUAUAACGUACGGAAAACUGCUUUCAAAGAAUAUAAGCAGAUCUGUAGAAGCAGAACAGUGGUUUAGAGGAGCCCAAAGGCUAGCCCCAAACAAUCCUAAUGUUUAUUAUCAUUUUGGUGCCUUCUUGACUUCUGGUAAAAGACUUACGGAGGCAGCAACUAUGUAUGAACGAGCAGCAGAAUUAUCACCCACAGACUGUGAAUUGGCCGUGGCAGCGGCUAUUGCAGCUCAAAAAGCUGGAAAACAAAAACAGGCUGAAAGAUGGAAUCGAAAAUGCGUUGGGAUGAAAAGUAAAGGGUGAUCUGAUGUGUUGCUUGGAAGAAUAUAUUUUUUUUAUAAGAUCCUUAAAGAUCUGAGAUACAAUAAUUUUCGACCACUAGAAAAGAUAGAGCAGAUUUAUCGACCAAGUAAAGUAUAUUAAAAUUUAUAUACAUUUGAAGUAAAUAUUUAG